CAGGAUCGGCGGCCACCGAGGAGGGAGCAGUAUCCGAGCCCCGACGGCACCUAGCUUAUGGAACGGGGCUGCUGAAAGCUGUCGCUGCGGGCAGCCUCUGACCUCUCCAGGAUCCCGGGUUCAGAGACUCACAGCCUACUUGCUGUCUCCUGUCAGCCUCGAGGCGUCCCUGGGUCCCUGGGACCUGGCGCUCUGAUAGCCCAGCCAUGGAGCGGUGCAGCCGCUGCCAUCGCCUCCUCCUGCUCCUACCUCUGGUGCUGGGACUCGGCACUGCCCCGGGCUGGGCAGGUGCACCCUCUGUGGAUGUGCUCCGGGCUCUGAGGUUUCCCUCCCUCCCUGAUGGUGUCCGGAGGGCAAGAGGCAUCUGUCCAGCUCAUGUGGCCUACCGAGUGUCAAGACCUGACCAGCUCAGUGCACCCACACGCCAGCUUUUCCCAGGAGGUUUUCCCAAAGAUUUCUCUCUGCUGACUGUUGUCCGGACCCGUCCUGGCCUCCAGGCUCCCCUCCUGACUCUCUAUAGUGCCCAGGGUGUCCAACAGCUGGGCCUGGAGCUUGGCCGACCUGUUCGCUUUCUAUAUGAAGACCAGACUGGACGGCCUCAACCCCCCGCCCAGCCGGUCUUCCGAGGCCUCAGCCUAGCUGAUGGCAAGUGGCACCGUGUGGCUGUGGCUGUGAAAGGCCAGUCUGUCACCCUCAUUGUUGACUGCAAGAAGCGAGUCACCCGGCCCCUUCCCCGAAGUGCUCACCCUGUGUUGGACACCCGUGGAGUGGUGAUCUUUGGUGCCCGCAUCCUGGAUGAAGAGGUCUUUGAGGGUGAUGUCCAGGAGCUUGUCAUUGUUCCAGGAGUCCAAGCUGCCUACCAAUCCUGUGAACAGAAGGAUCUGGAAUGCGAGGGGAGCCAGAGGGAGAGACCUCAGAACCAACAGUCUCACAGAACCCAGAGAUCUCCAAAGCAACAACCAUCAAGACUUCACAGGCCACAAAACCAGGAACCCCAGCGACAGCCCACUGAGUCUCUCUACUAUGACUACGAGCCCCCCUAUUACGAUGUGGCGACUACGGGGACGACCCCUGAUUAUCAGGACCCCGGCCCAGGUGAAGAGGAAGAAGUCCUGGAGUCCAGCCCCUUGCCACUCCCAGAGGAGGAUCCAUUUUCUGUCCAGGAGCAGACAGAUCUCCAGGUCCCCCCCACAGCUGACAGGUUCCUGGCAGAGGAGUAUGGGGAGGGUGGCACAGACGCCCCAGCAGGGCUCUACGAUUACACCUAUGGCUAUGGGGACGAUUAUCGUGAGGAGACGGAGCUUGGCCCUGCCCUCUCUGCGGAGACAGCCCACUCAGGAGCCGCUGCCCUUGGACCUCGGGGGCUGAAGGGAGAGAAGGGUGAGCCUGCAGUACUGGAACCUGGUAUGCUUGUGGAGGGUCCCCCUGGCCCAGAAGGUCCUGCGGGAUUGGCUGGUCCUCCUGGCAUCCAGGGGAACCCAGGCCCAGUUGGAGACCCUGGCGAGAGGGGCCCUCCUGGCCGAGCAGGACUCCCUGGAUCUGAUGGGGCCCCUGGCCCUCCUGGCACAUCCCUCAUGCUCCCAUUCCGGUUUGGGAGUGGUGGGGGUGACAAGGGACCUGUGGUGGCAGCCCAGGAGGCUCAGGCCCAGGCGAUUCUGCAGCAGGCACGGCUGGCACUCCGUGGACCCCCUGGCCCCAUGGGAUACACAGGCCGUCCUGGACCCUUGGGACAGCCUGGGAGUCCUGGCCUGAAAGGAGAAUCUGGAGACCUAGGACCUCAGGGCCCCAGAGGACCUCAGGGUCUCACAGGCCCUCCUGGCAAGGCUGGGCGAAGGGGACGAGCAGGUGCUGAUGGAGCCCGAGGCAUGCCUGGAGAACCUGGAGUGAAGGGUGACCGAGGUUUUGAUGGACUCCCAGGACUACCUGGAGAGAAAGGCCAUAGGGGUGAUACUGGUGCCCAGGGCCUUCCUGGGCCCCCUGGUGAGGAUGGAGAUCGGGGAGAUGAUGGGGAGAUUGGACCUCGGGGGCUACCUGGAGAGUCGGGACCUCGAGGACUUCUUGGUCCCAAAGGCCCACCUGGUAUUCCUGGGCCCCCGGGAGUCCGAGGCAUGGAUGGUCCCCAUGGCCCCAAAGGGAGCUUGGGACCCCAGGGAGAGCCAGGACCUCCUGGACAACAGGGAACUCCUGGGACCCAGGGUCUUCCUGGGCCUCAGGGUGCAGUUGGUCCUCAUGGAGAGAAGGGUCCUCGAGGGAAACCAGGGCUCCCUGGCAUGCCUGGCUCAGAUGGACCCCCGGGUCACCCUGGGAAGGAAGGUCCCCCUGGAACUAAAGGAAACCAGGGUCCAUCUGGACCUCAGGGUCCUCUAGGUUACCCAGGACCUCGAGGUGUCAAGGGCGUGGAUGGAAUUCGGGGUCUGAAGGGCCAUAAGGGUGAAAAGGGUGAGGACGGCUUUCCUGGGUUCAAAGGUGACAUAGGUGUGAAAGGUGACAGGGGCGAGGUUGGAGUCCCUGGUUCCAGGGGAGAAGAUGGCCCUGAAGGGCCGAAGGGCCGCACUGGACCUAUUGGAGACCCUGGUCCCCCUGGGCUCAUGGGUGAAAAGGGCAAGCUGGGUGUUCCUGGUCUGCCUGGCUACCCUGGACGUCAGGGUCCCAAGGGGUCUCUGGGAUUUCCUGGUUUUCCUGGAGCCAGCGGAGAGAAGGGAGCCCGGGGCCUGUCUGGAAAAUCAGGGCCUCGGGGAGAACGGGGCCCCACGGGUCCGCGGGGUCAGCGGGGGCCCCGAGGUGCCACUGGGAAAUCUGGAGCUAAGGGAACAUCAGGUGGUGAUGGCCCCCAUGGCCCCCCUGGAGAGAGGGGUCUCCCUGGACCUCAGGGCCCAAAUGGGUUUCCUGGCCCCAAAGGCCCCCCGGGCCCCCCUGGGAAAGAUGGGCUGCCGGGACAUCCAGGCCAGAGAGGAGAAGUGGGUUUCCAAGGCAAGACGGGACCACCUGGCCCUCCUGGAGUAGUGGGACCUCAGGGAGCAGCAGGAGAAAGUGGCCCCAUGGGUGAGAGGGGUCACCCAGGCCCCCCAGGGCCUCCUGGAGAGCAGGGUCUGCCUGGCACAGCUGGAAAAGAAGGCACAAAGGGUGACCCUGGUCCCCCUGGAGCCCCAGGGAAAGAUGGUCCUGCUGGUCUGAGGGGCUUCCCAGGAGAGCGAGGUCUCCCGGGCACUGCUGGUGGACCUGGUUUGAAGGGGAAUGAAGGUCCAGCUGGCCCCCCUGGCCCUGCAGGCUCACCUGGGGAGCGAGGUGCAGCAGGAUCUGGGGGACCCAUUGGUCCCCCAGGGCGUCCAGGUCCACAAGGUCCCCCUGGAGCAGCAGGAGAGAAAGGCGUUCCGGGGGAGAAGGGACCCAUUGGUCCUACUGGCCGUGAUGGGGUGCAGGGUCCUGUGGGGCUUCCUGGUCCUGCUGGACCCCCGGGUGUGGCUGGAGAGGAUGGAGACAAGGGUGAGGUGGGAGACCCAGGACAGAAGGGCACCAAAGGGAACAAGGGCGAACACGGCCCUCCUGGACCCCCUGGACCCAUUGGUCCUGUGGGGCAGCCUGGAGCAGCGGGAGCAGAUGGGGAGCCUGGAGCUCGGGGGCCCCAGGGACACUUUGGAGCCAAAGGUGAUGAAGGAACAAGAGGAUUCAAUGGGCCCCCAGGACCUAUUGGCCUACAGGGCUUGCCAGGCCCCUCUGGGGAGAAAGGAGAAACAGGAGACGUGGGUCCUAUGGGACCACCUGGCCCCCCAGGACCUCGAGGCCCAGCUGGACCCAAUGGUGCUGAUGGCCCACAAGGUCCCCCAGGAGGUGUUGGGAACCUGGGCCCCCCUGGAGAGAAGGGGGAGCCAGGAGAGUCAGGAUCUCCAGGGGUCCAGGGAGAGCCAGGUGUCAAGGGUCCACGUGGGGAACGUGGAGAGAAAGGAGAGUCGGGGCAGCCAGGAGAGGCAGGACCACCAGGGCCUAAAGGCCCCACAGGCGAUGAUGGCCCCAAAGGGAAUCCUGGUCCUGUUGGUUUUCCUGGUGACCCUGGCCCCCCUGGGGAAGGUGGCCCUCGGGGCCAGGAUGGUGCUAAGGGUGACCGAGGAGAAGACGGCGAGCCAGGACAGCCUGGAUCCCCUGGACCCACUGGGGAGAAUGGACCCCCUGGACCACUUGGAAAGCGGGGUCCUGCUGGCACACCUGGUCCAGAGGGGCGACAAGGAGAGAAGGGAGCCAAGGGGGAUCCUGGUGCUGUGGGUGCCCCAGGGAAGACUGGUCCUGUGGGUCCUGCAGGCCCAGCAGGAAAGCCUGGCCCUGAUGGACUGAGGGGGCUCCCAGGUGCAGUGGGUCAGCAAGGCCGUCCUGGAGCCACAGGCCAGGCUGGGCCCCCAGGCCCUGUGGGACCCCCAGGGCUACCUGGCCUCCGAGGUGAUGCUGGAGCCAAGGGAGAGAAGGGUCACCCAGGUCUCAUUGGACUGAUCGGGCCCCCCGGAGAACAAGGAGAGAAGGGUGAUCGGGGACUUCCUGGCCCUCAGGGCUCCCCUGGACAGAAGGGAGAGACGGGCAUCCCAGGAGCAUCUGGUCCCAUUGGUCCUGGAGGACCCCCUGGUCUCCCUGGUCCUGCUGGCCCCAAAGGAGCCAAAGGAGCCACAGGCCCAGCUGGACCCAAGGGAGAGAAGGGCAUCCAGGGUCCUCCAGGUCACCCGGGACCUCCGGGUGAGGUGAUCCAGCCACUGCCCAUCCAGAUGCCCAAGAAAACUCGACGCUCAGUGGAUGGGGGCCGCCUAAUGCAGGAAGACGAGGGCAUGCAAACUGGGGGUGCCCCAGGCAGUCCCGGGGGGCUGGAGGAGAUCUUUGGCUCACUUGACUCCCUGAGAGAGGAGAUUGAGCAGAUGAGGCGACCAACAGGGACCCAGGACAGCCCUGCUCGCACCUGCCAGGACCUGAAGCUGUGCCAUCCCGAGCUGCCUGAUGGAGAGUACUGGGUGGACCCCAACCAGGGCUGUGCUCGGGAUGCUUUCCGGGUUUUCUGCAACUUUACAGCAGGAGGGGAGACAUGUGUGACACCCAGGGAUGACGUCACACAGUUCUCUUAUGUGGACUCAGAGGGCUCCCCGGUAGGUGUGGUCCAGCUUACCUUCCUGCGCCUGCUCAGUGUCUCGGCCCACCAGGACGUCUCUUACCCGUGCUCUGGAGUAUCCCGUGAAGGUCCCCUGAGGCUCCGGGGAGCCAAUGAAGAUGAGCUAAGCCCAGAGACCAGCCCCUAUGUCAAAGAAUUCAGAGAUGGCUGUCAGACACAGCAAGGUCGAACUGUGCUGGAGGUGCGCACGCCUGUGCUGGAGCAGCUGCCAGUGCUGGAUGCCUCCUUCUCAGACCUGGGGGCCCCCCCAAGGCGGGGAGGGGUGCUGCUGGGGCCUGUCUGCUUCAUGGGCUAGGAUCAUCUCUGUCUGACCCUGCCCUUCGGAACCAGGCCCACCUGGAAUCACACAGCAUCAGCUCUGUGCCACCUCCCAUGAGGACUCCUGACCAUCUAGGGGGUCUUGGACCAGGGCACUGAGAGCCCCGAGUCAGGGGCAGUCAGGGGAGGGGUGAAUCGGUGGAGGCUGGGGCACCCCAGGGGUGAGGAGCAUCUGGGACUUCUGGCCCUCCUACCUGGAGCCUGUGACCUAUUAGAGAACUGGGACCCUUAUUUAAAACUCACCUCCCAAUCAAGUGGAAAAGGAGGAAGAACACUGUGUAUUUUGUAUUUAAAAAUAAUUAUAUUAAUUAUUUAAAGAGUGGAAAACAAAAUAACAAGAAAAGAUAAAGAGAAAUGCCAACAAAAUCAGAUGUUGGAGACAGGCUCUACAAGGGGGGCCCUGCACCCCAUCCUUGCCUCAGGGCUUUCCCCAGUGACUCUGGGGGAUUUCUGGGUUGAACCCCACCUCCCUAACCUCCCACAUAUAUUGCCCACUGUGAAUGCUGGAAUAUAUGGUCUCCUUUGCCUCAGGGCUCUGACUUUCUCUCCCCAGGUGGGGUUCCCUCAUCUCUACCUACCAGGUGUUGGCUUCCUGGCCCACAGAUCUGCUGUCCUUUUUCACUUGGUCUGGGUCUGGCAGGAGCUGCCUGCUACUUCCGGACCAAGCUAAGCCCCAAGGGAAGAAAUGGAAUAGUGAGGGGCUGUGCAGUCUGUGUUCAGAAAAUGUUAAAAUACUGAAAUUCCUCCUUAUUGACUGGCAAAUUGCCAUGGCCUUUAGCCCCUGGAUAUCUCAUGGCAUCCUGUCCUCUCCCGGGCACCUCUUUGCCUUCCCUGAUCCUGCACUUAAAGGGUUAAUGUCCGGCCUAUGGAUGGAAGGGACUCCCAGGACCCUGUCUAGCCCAGUGUCCAUUCUGACUGAUGGUUAAAUAAUGUGAUUGUCUCUUCCCGGG